AUGGCUCCCCCACCGCCCGCGAACCUGCCUCUGCAGGAGAGAAUCUUGGCCCUGGCAAAGACGCUUCAGUUUGGCUGGUUCACCGGACACCUGGUGCUCCUGCUUUGCAUCUUCCGCUACUCGCUCUCAUACAUCCGAAUGAACUACUACUCCCGCACUGCCCAGUUCACUUACCGCACCGCCUUUGUGGCCGCUGCCGCAACCUACGGAAUCGUCGUCUACAAGACAUGGAGAGCCCGCCAAAAGGUCGGCGCAAAGUACCCCGGCGGUGCCAUCGGUCUCCUGUCCGAUGAGAACGUGCAGUAUCUCGCCAUGGCUUUGGUCUGGCUCUUUGCGCCCCAGUACCCUCUUGCCAUGCUCCCCUACGGCAUCUACUCCAUCUUCCACGUUGCGACCUACACCCGUGCCAACGUGAUCCCCACCAUCUCGCCGCCCCAGGGCGCCGCCGCGGGUGCUUCCCCGGGUGCCAAGUCCGGCGGCAGCCCUCUCGCCGACGCCAUCGGCCAGUUUGUCAAGACCUACUAUGACAUGUCCAUGUCGGUUGUGUCGGCCCUCGAGAUCCUCCUGUGGGUGCGCCUGCUCUUCUCGGCCAUCCUGUUCCAGCGCCGCUCCUGGAUCCUGAUUGCCCUCUACACCGCCUUCCUCCGGGCCCGCUUCGCGCAGAGCUCGCACGUCCAGAACUCAUUCGGCCUCAUCGAGGCUCGCGGCGACUCGCUCGUCGGACAGCAGAACACCCCGCCCAUGGCGCGCCAGGUCUGGGAUGGUGUCAAGCAGGGUGCGCGCCAGUUCCACGCCGUCACCGACGUGAGCAAGUACGUCAGCGGAGGUGCGGUGCCCAAGAAGACGUCCUAA